UGACGCCACCGGAACCGCUGCGCACGGGCCAAAGAAAAAUGGCGAAUCUCGUGGAGGCGACGAGUCAACAGCAGUUGGAAGAUUUCUUGGCCAAAGCUGGGAAAUGCCUGACUGUGGUGCACUUCCAGGCGGCCUGGGCGCCCCAGUGCCGCCACAUGAACGACGUGAUGGCGGAGCUGGCCAAGGAACAGCCGCACACCACGUUUGUGAAGCUGGAGGCGGAAUCGGUUCCGGAGGUGUCGGAGAAGUAUGAGAUCUCCUCCGUGCCGACGUUCAUUUUCUUCAAGGCGGGAGAGAAGGUGGACCGGCUGGAUGGGGCCCACGCUCCGGACCUCACCAAGAAGGUGCAGCGCUUGGCGGUGAGCGGUAGCCCCGCUGGAGCCGCGGAGAACAGCCCCGAGGACCUGAACCAGCGGCUGAAGAAGCUCAUCAACGCCGCCCCCUGCAUGCUCUUCAUGAAGGGCGCCCCGCAGGAGCCCCGCUGCGGCUUCAGCCGGCAGAUCGUGGCGCUGCUCAAGGAGCACAACAUCCAGUUCAGCAGCUUCGACAUCCUGUCCGACGACGGGGUCCGGCAGGGCCUGAAGACCUACUCCAACUGGCCCACCUACCCGCAGCUGUAUGUGAACGGGGAGCUGGUGGGGGGGCUGGACAUCGUGAAGGAGCUGGCAGAGUCCGGGGAGCUGGAGAACACCUGCCCCAAGGCCGUCACCCUGGAGCACCGCCUGAAGACCGUCAUCAACCAGAGCCCGGUGAUGCUGUUCAUGAAGGGCAACAAGGAGGCCGCCCGGUGCGGCUUCAGCAGGCAGAUUCUGGAGAUCCUGAACGGCACCGAGGUGGAUUAUGACACCUUUGAUAUUCUGCAGGACGAGGAGGUGCGUCAGGGGCUCAAGACUUACUCCAACUGGCCCACGUACCCCCAGCUGUACGUGAAGGGGGAGCUGGUGGGCGGCCUGGACAUAGUGAAGGAGCUGAAGGAGAGCGGGGAGCUGGUGUCGGUGCUGAAGGGGGAGUGAGAGGUGGACCUUUGCCAUCAGGGAGUGGGAACAACAAGCUACUGCACAUGCCCAGUCCCUUCCUCUGAUAGCCAGUCUGUUGUAGCUGUUGGUAGUUUCCAGCUAAGUCAGAAAUAAAACCGCAGUCAGAGGUGAGGAUUCACAGCACAGGUGUGUUCUUAGUCAUUCUCAGAAAUGUUCUUGGCCUGAUUUUGUCAAAGCCGAGGGGGUCCAGCUCCUCCUCCUCCUCCUGGCUGUCUGCUUCCUGGGACAACAGCUGACUGUCGUCCACAUGCUCUCAUAUCUCCGGCUUCUCCUUCCACAUUCACAGCCUCACACUUCACAUAGAUGUCUUUGUUUUCGGACCGGCCCGGCUGCUCCCUCUCCACGACGUCCCGUCUGCACAUUCUUCACCUGAACAUCAGAAGAACUUCAAGGACCACUCUGGUUUAAAUGCAACUGCUGUCCAGAUUCUAAUUAAACAAUAAAACGACUAAAGAUGUA